UUGGAAACUUAACUUUUUUUUGUUAAUUUUGUCCAUUUUUUCAAGUUAUAGCACUGAUAUUGAUGACCUUGUGUAGUGAUACAUACGUUACAGGGAUAAACAACAAUGAGUAUCAAAUAACAAGAGGAACAGAACUGAACCGCAUUGCAGGAGUGGACAACAACUGCAGCUAUGUGAAGGCUGACUUCAUGAAUAUGCCAUUUUCUGACAACAGUUUUGAUGCAAUAAUUGCAAUAGAAGCUACCUGUCAUGCACCAGAUGUGGUGGAUUGCUACAAAGAGAUUUUCAGAGUGUUGAAGCCUAGCCAAUGUUUUGCUGCUUAUGAGUGGUGA